GUUAGAAGGGAAAUGUAACCGCUCUCUAGAAUUUCCCUUGGACCUUUACGUGCCUUUGUCCACUGUGAUAGGAUAACAGUCACCACUUUUACUAAAAUGAUAUUUGAGGCUGGCAUUUCACAAGAAAGCAGAUUUUUCUUCAUGGCUUUUUGAAAAGUACCAGGUUCAACAGAAGCCAUUGCUUUGCUUACAUUCAAGCAAGGAUUUUUAGCCCAUCUAUGUCCAUGCCUGAAAGUUAGGGAUGGCUUCUUUGAUCUCCUUCUCUCCAACCCCAGCACCUGAUCCUUCCUCUCUCUUGACCUCCAAUUUAGUUCAUAGGGUGUAUUUUGCUCUGCCCCAUCUUUUAUCUGCGAGAAAGGCACUGGUUUUGAGCAGUUGUGUGACCCAAGCUAGUGAGGGAAAGCUUGGUGAAUUGGCGAAUGAGAAGAGGGUUGAGAAAACUGGGGAACAAGAAUGGGAGGAGAGGGGAGAGAGCGAGUCUUCUGAUGUCAGAGAUGCGAGGGGGAGCAUUGAUGGCGCACAUGGUAGCGUCUCAUUCAACAGUAGAGGCCCUGAUUUGAUCUCUCUUGGGAUUAAAGAGCCUGUUUAUGAGGUGAUAGAAGUGAAGUCAAAUGGGAAGAUGUCGAAAAAGAAUAUUAACAGGCGGCAAUUGUUAAAAUCAAGUGGCCUGAGGCUCCGUGAUAUUAGAAGUGUUGAUCCAUCCCUAUGGUUGACGAAUUCAAUGCCAUCUUUGCUGGUUCGUGAACAAGCAAUUUUAUUAAAUCUCGGUUCCUUACGUGCAAUUGCCAUGCCUGAGCGUGUCCUUGUUUUUGAUCAUAAUCGUAAAGGUGGAAAAGCUUUUCUAGAAUCGUUGUUGCCUCGGUUAAAUCCGAAGAACUCUAGUGGAGGGCAAUCAAUGCCAUUCGAGCUAGAGGUAGUUGAAGCUGCCUUGCUUUCUCGGAUACAACAAUUAGAGCAGGAACUGAUGGAUGUGGAACCCCGUGUCGUAGCAUUGCUUGAAGUUCUGCCAAAUCGGUUGACAGCUGAUGUGCUAGAGCAACUUCGUCUUAGUAAACAAACACUGGUGGAAUUGGGUUCUAGAGCAGGAGCUUUGAAACAGAUGCUUUUCGAUCUUCUUGAAGAUCCCGAGGAAAUACGGCGCAUAUGCAUCAUGGGAAGAAAUUGUAUAUUACGGAAAGGAACUUCAGAAAUGGAAUGCUCAGUACCCAUGGAAAAACAUAUCGCAGAAGAAGAAGCGGAGGAGAUUGAGAUGCUUUUGGAAAACUAUCUGCAGAGAUGCGAAUCUUGUCAUGGUCAAGCCGAGAGACUUCUGGAUUCAGCAAAGGAAAUGGAAGACUCUAUUGCCGUGAACUUAAGCUCAAGAAGGCUAGAAGUAAGCAGAGUAGAGUUGCUUCUCCAGGUUGGGGCAUUCUGUGUUGCUGUGGGUGCUUUAGUGGCUGGCAUAUUUGGAAUGAAUUUGAAGUCAUACCUUGAAGAGCAUAUGUGGGCAUUCUGGUUUACAACAGCUGGAAUAGUCAUCGGUGGAAUGGCUGCAUUCUUCAUGAUGUAUUCCUAUCUUAGGGCAAAGAAAAUCCUUUAGAUUUUUUUUUCUUUUCUUUUCUUUCUUUGAUUGAUAGCUUCAUCUCUCUUACAAGGUGGAUCCAUUUCUUGGAGAUGCGAUUUGUUUCCAUGCGGAUGUCUUUUGAGUAUGGGCAAAUGGAAGUUAGUGGUUGUUAAAAAGUUGGAUUCUCCUGUCCCCAGGACUUGUACAGUUUCUAGUAUGUGUCGUUUUGGGCUUUCUCCAAUAUUUUGAUAUGUACACCACUAAAUCCUUAUUCAUUAUAAAAUAUUUUGUCUAUUUCAUUUUACAAUCAA